UUUUGCUUUGUCUGCCUCUCAUCUCCGCUGUGUUUAUCCUUGUAAGCGAUUGGGUCAAACACAUACACACGCGCACGCACGCACCAGUGUACCACACAGAGCGGGAUUAUUCAUAGCUGCCAUCGCUUCACACCCCGUCGCUUACCUUUCCUUCGCCAUGGAUGCGUGCCGCUAGAUGGGAGGAAGCAGAGAGAGGAUGUAGGCGGCAGCACACAAAUCGCGGCGGAAUUACACACGGUGACGCCGACAGCGCCGACGCAUAUACUGGGCGGUACUAAAGCGCCGAGAGAGGGAAAGGGGAAGAGACGGGGUGGAGACAGAGGGCACGAGAGGAGAAAGCUUGCGCGAGUGGGUGAAGGAGCGAUAGUGGUUUGGAGUACUGGUGCAGAAGGCGCGUCAGAUCGUCAGAGCAGUAACAGCAGCAGCAGGAGCAGUAGGAACCGAUGGGUGCGCCAGCAGCAGGAGCCGGAGCACGAGACAAGAGGCGCCCUUCUGACGACGACGACGACAAAGGCGAAGACGGCGCGAUCGCGGUCAAGGUCAAGACGGAUGUCUAGACGGAGGCCAAGAUGGAGGAGCUCCGGGAGCCUCCGGAGCCGCUGAAGAUGAAGAAGAGGGCGAGGUUGAUGAAGAUGGAGACGGAGGAGACAGCAGGGGAUUGUAGCGGGGGCGUAGUUCGCCGACUGAGUUGUUUGGACUUCGUGGCAAGCUUUAAGGGGGAUGCACAAGUUGGNCAGCAGGGGAUUGUAGCGGGGGCGUAGUUCGCCGACUGAGUUGUUUGGACUUCGUGGCAAGCUUUAAGGGGGAUGCACAAGUUGGACGGGAAAUGACGCCCUAAUAUAGUAACAACUAAGUUGAAACUUGACGCUAUUCCGUUUUGUUUUUUUAACCGUUGAACUUCUCAACAAGGGGGAUGGUGGAUGAUUUCAACGUGGCACCAUUGAAAUAUCUUGCCGAGAGCUCUCUUCAGGCGUACCGUUUGUAUUUCUCUUCCCCCCCUAGUUUUUUUUUGGCUGAGAAAAGUGUCACCGUUCCGUGUCGUGGAGAAAUCGCAAUUUGAACAAUUGGCCCAGGGGGUGUGUGAUAUAUUACGUCAUGUGUAUCACUGUCCAUUUUUCGUGAAUUUGACAAUCUUUCUUGACGGUGCAACUGAGAGGUUCCGAGUUUUUUGCUUGUUAUACUGCAGUCGCUAAUCAAAAUCCAAUCUCGGAUGAAGCAGAUGUUUCAAUACUGACUUUUGGCCUCAACUCAAUUCUAUAACAACAACAUCCUAGAGAGAUCAUUGGGGGCAUGCCAGCCAAUCAGAUUCAGAUGAAGGAUCGAAAUAGAGGACGACGACCCUUUGAGGAAGAUGCACAGAUUGGCUACUCAAGAUCCAGCUUCGACCGCGCUUCCGCAAACUGCAAAGGUGGAGAGAUUACGAGUUUGCGAGAAGGGACGCACGCGGCAACCCCGGUGAAGGUCGGCGCGUGGCCUGGCAACUUGACUUGUUUGCCCAUGCAUUUUGGUGCUCUGUGUCGUACCUUUUUUCCAAUUUCCGGGGUCGCGUUCUGAUCUCUCUCUUGUUUUUUUUUCCGUGAUGGGGCGGUAGAGGGUUGCGUUCUGCUCUCUCUUUUUUUUUUUCCGUGAUGGGGCGGUAGAACAUGCCCUCUUUGUGGUGGGUGAUGGGGUACCCAAGCCGCAGCGCAUUGUGGCAUCGGUGCGCGCCGCAACAACGUGGAGAGAGUAGGAGUUUGCGAAUGGAAUGCACGCGGUAAUCCCGGUGAAGUUCGGCUUGUGGCCUGACAACUGGACUUGUUGGCCCAUACAUUUUGGUGCUCUGUGGCGCACGUUUUUGUUAUUUUCCGAGGUCGCGUUCCGCAUCUUUUUGCAUUUUUUUCCUGAUCGCCUUUUUACCGACAUGGAACGGUAGAACACCCCUUUGAGGUGGGUGAGGGUGUAACCAAUCCGUAGCACUUUUAUGGCAUCGGUCCGCGCCGCAACAACGUGGAGAGAUUGCGAGGUUGUGAAAUGGAUUGCACGCGGCAACCCCGGUGAAGUUCGGCGCGUGGCCUGACAACUUGACUUGUUUGUCCAUGCGUU